UUCAUAAUGUUCACUGGAAGGAAGCCAAAGUAUUAUUUGGUUUAAAAUAAUCGGACUUCCAUGGCGGAUCUUGGAGGUGAUGCUUCUGCUUCCUUCAGAUGCAGAAACUGCCAAACGCCCAUUGCAUUACGCAGCGACCUUCUCUCUAAACGCUUCCUGGCGAAAUCAGGAGCAGCGUUCAUGUUCUCGCAUGCGAGAAAUAUAAUGGAGGGAGCCAAACAGGACAGACAACUCAUGACCGGCGUGUUCUGUGUGGCCGACAUAUAUUGCACCAAUUGUGGCCAAGAGUUGGGAUGGAAAUACAUUCAGGCUUACGAGCCUUGCCAGAAAUCCAAGGAAGGCAAGUUCGUCAUCGAGAAGGCCAAGAUCCUCAAGCAAUACUAGCCCUCCUAUCUCCGCGUAAAGAGAUUAAUCUCUCUUACAAACUGCGAAUGUAAUAAUUGUACUCUGCUAUAAGAUCAUUCACAAUAAAUUGUUUAUAUCUAUUCAA